AUGGGCGAUGUUCCUCCAGAAACGAUCAACUCAACCUGGGCAGGAAGAGAGAGUAACCCCCCGGCGCCAGUGCCCAAUGCCUCGUCAACCUCCGGCACCGUCCAGCCCGCCCGACCAGUCCAUGGGCAUGGACAACCGAGCUCGACGGGCUAUCCUGGCCCCGGGCUUUAUGGGCCCCCAUCUUCCUUAGACAUGGGCAACAUGGCCUACUCGCUGCCAGCUCUGCAGUCACCGUCGCCCUAUGAUCAGCAGCAUCUCGUCCAAUAUCCAUCGCCAUCUCAUGCUCAGGGCCUCAUCUAUCCUAUGCAGUCCAUGGGUCCUUAUCCCGGCCAGAAUCCUGGUGGCAUGCCGUACGGAGUCCGUUUCACUACACCUUAUUCACCCUAUGCCAUGCCUCAACACUCGGGGGCGGGCGGACAUGUUGGGGCCCAUUACCCGCCCUUUGUCACAAGUCCGCCUAUGCAGACCAUGGGAUCGGGGCAGGCGCCUGUAUACUACCACGCACCAUAUACAGCUCCUUAUGGACCUGGGUCACAUCCUUUGACCGGUCAUCCACGACCGUCGGGUCCUCAUUCUCGUCCAACCUCUCGUGCUCGUGCACCACCGAAAAGCGCGGAUUCUACACAGAGCGACACCGACAAGCAGGCUGCUGAAGAAUACGAUGUUUCCAAGACCAUCGUUGAUGGUUCAAAUCCUAUGAGGCUGGGACAUGAGUCAUCUAUCUUAGCCCAAUCGACGCCGGCCAGUUCUAGCACCCCCCGCGGACCACCACGGAAGCCCAAACAAUCAGGCCACGCACUCUGGGUUGGAAAUCUCCCACCAGGGGCGAAUGUGCUGGAUUUGAAGGAUCAUUUCUCGCAGGAUGCUACUGAGGACAUCGAGAGCGUGUUUUUGAUUUCAAAAAGUAAUUGUGCAUUUGUGAAUUAUCAGUCCGCAGUGGCUUGCGCUGCGGCGCUGGUCAGAUUUCACGAUUCGAGAUUCCAGGGUGUGCGUCUCGUAUGUCGACUACGCAAGGGUUUCACAGCGCCGGGGUCUGGGACUGGGGCUGUUACUUCUCGCUCACAGUCACGGGAUGAGAGGGCGAAUGGGUUGGACGAGAGACCUGGGGUGCAAGAGGCUAUCACCCGCCCUCAUCAUGACGGAUCCCGGUCUCUGGAUCGGUACUUUGUUGUCAAGAGUUUGACAGUUGAUGAUCUGGAAUUAAGCAAGCAGAGUGGGAUUUGGGCGACUCAAACACACAAUGAGACUAAUCUGAAUCAAGCCUUCGAGACCACCGAGCACGUUUACCUGAUUUUUUCCGCGAACAAAUCUGGCGAGUACUUUGGAUAUGCCCGUAUGCUGUCACCGAUCAACGACGACGAGGAACUCGCGCUAGAGAUGCCGCCUAGACCCGAGCCAUUGACAGGGGCACCGGAUGAAUUGGAUGUGACUACAACAGAGGCGACGUCGACCGCCCCGAGAGGUCGGAUCAUCGACGACUCGGCCCGUGCGAAAAAAAGUGUGGAGGAAGAGGCGGAAGUGGAAGCGCAGUCAUUUGGCAAACCGUUCCGGAUCCAAUGGCUGUCCACCGAACGAGUGCCCUUCCACCGUACCCGCGGCCUACGCAAUCCAUGGAAUGCCAACCGGGAGGUGAAGAUCGCCCGUGACGGAACCGAAAUCGAGCCGACGGUCGGUCGAAAACUCGUCCAGCUGUUUCACCUGACGUGA